AUGGUAAAAGAACGAAAUCGUACUCUAAUCAAUUCAAAAAAAUUCGAACAUCAACCAUUAAUAGCAUUAUCAUAUUGGACUGAUGCAUACAAUUGGGCUAAGCUUAAUAAAGAAGUUAUAUCUAUUUUCAAUGGUGAUACAGCGAUGUAUUAUUUGCCUGCUGGUGAAAAAAUUACAAUAACAGAUACAGAAAUAAAACGAUAUGAAACUUGUAGAUUUAACUCGUUUGACACGUACAAGCCCGUCUACUUCAAUAUAUGGUGCGUAUGUUUAUCUAACAAUGCUGAAAAAUGGGAAGAAGCAACCUGCACCUGUUCAUCAUUCAUGAAAAAUUAUAUAUGCAAGCACAUCAUUGGUAUGCCCAUUAGAUUAAAAUAUUGCAUACUUCCACCUGAGGCAAAUAAUGUGGAAAUUGGUACAAAAAGAAAAAGAGGCAGACCAUCGAAAGCAAAAAAAGCUUUAUUAGUACAAUGA